AUGGACGCGCUCGAUAUGAGGAAUGUACCGCUGGUCAACAUACUCAACGACACUCUGACAGAAUACAACGACAGCCUGCGCACAUUACUGGGCUUGCUUGACACAGAGGGCAACCGCAACACAAAUGCAGAAGCCACGCGUAGUCGCGUCGAAACAGCCAAUCGGCUAGUAAAAUUGGACAACUUGCUACAACAAAUAUACAGCGAACUCGUCCAACACCAGCGGCGACAGGAGGCGAUCCGCAAUACGCAGGUUCUGUCAAUAGAGAGUGGCAAGGCCAAGCUUGAGUUUAUCAACAGUAUGCUGGACGCCAAAGCGCAGCUAGAAGAGGUUAUAACGGAUGGGGAGAAAAAGCUGGCAUUGGCAAAAGUUGCCAAGAAGGCUAGUCCGCCAGUGUCGGAGAUUAUUGAGUAUGCGAAGAAGCUGAGCAAGUUCACUAUGGCGCCGCCUAAUUAUGAUCCUAAUAGCGGAGGCAUUCCGCCUGAGCCCCCGUAUCCUGUGCUGGUUGCUAUGCGGGCAGGUGUUUUGAGCAGGUAUAGGAUGAACAAGGCAGCUCGGGUUGAUAACGCGGAUGACAACGAUGUGGAUGACGGCGACUUUGCCAAUGGCAUGGACGACGACAUGUUCGACGACGUAGAUGACGACGACCUGCUGCUCGGCCUCGAUUUGAAUCCCGACCUGGAGUAA